UGCCUGCUGGCUUCUCAGUCAGCUUGCUAUUAUACUUGUCAAUUUGGAGCCUCAGUCUAAUAAAAGAAUUUUUUUAUCAUUGCAGCUUGCUUUCCUGAUGCUUGUCCUUGCAGGCUGACUGGAAUGUUCUGAUUGUUGAACGUUGCUGUUGGUCUGAACAGGCCAAUCGAAACUUGAGCUUCGGUCAUCUCUCAAAGAUGCCAGAUUUUGGCAGAGCACAACUGAGUCUUCUGACAGAAACCAGGUUCCGCCAAAUCUAUCUCCAGGAGACGAACAGAAGCAGCUCUGAAUCAAAACAGGGUCGAGCUUGCACUGCAAACGAGCAAGGACUCAUCGCAGAAGAUCUAUCGCAUCAAAACACUCCAUCUAGAGGAGUGUAUGCGCCGGGCCCAGAUGAGAGCGGCAGAGGUGGACGCCGAGACGAAGAAGGAAGUGGACAGGAUCUGCUCGACGUACAAGGAGAGAUUGACUGGAAGGCUGCCUAUGCGGACGCCGACAAAAGCUGCAGAGCCAUCAGACGAGCUUUUGCAAGACGACGCGUCGAACCACCUGGUCUGAAGGUUCUCUUCCUGGAUUCACUAGCAGUGCAGGCCCUAUUAGUGAAGAAGAACCCUGACUCCCACCUUCUGCUAUCACCUUUUGAGUUGGUGGUUUGCUCCCAAAUUUCACUGGCGGAAGCAGUUCAGGCCUGGAAAGCAACGUUGUAUGAGGAGAAUUCGGUCGCCGAUCUUUACACACUUUUGAAGAAAGUAGAGGCUCUAAGCAACCCCCUGGCAGAAGGGACGGCGCUCGCACCUCUUUCCUUUUUUCCACCUGCUUCCGAAGGUGUUGAUGUGGUCUUGGAGUCGGCCAUGAAAAGACCGCUUCGGUUCUCCUUUGAGCAUGCAGUAGACUUUGAGACAGCAGUGGCCCUAUACCAGAUUCACGGGAAAAGAUUGUACGCUGAUGUCCGCGCCGAGCCCGUUAGAGACGUCUUGUUGCAAGCAGGCAUAGACAAGGAGAAUUUUGUUCAUCUAGCCUAGGGAUAGGCACACAGAGGGUACACAGAAUAAUGGCAUGACUGGAAAAGACUUGUCAGUAGUCUUGACUGCAGCUUAUUGUGCACUAUGUAAUGCAAUACAACCUUACGAAUCGUGACUAGUGACCUGAGUGGCCGAGUCAAUCGAGCUAGCCAAGACCUCGACAACAAUCAUUGAUGUGGCGCUGAUGCUUAUGUGAAGUUGCUGACUCCUCCGCGGGCC